AUGGCACAGGCUGACAAGCUGAAAGCCAAAGGCUUCAACAACAAAGGCUUCCGUACCGUCAUCAUCAAUACGGGCGUCGACUGGCACCACCCGGUGCUGGCGGAGCCCGACGGGCGAAUUCGUCGACAGCUACUCGAACUGGGGUCCCACGUCCGGCGGCGAGCUGAGGCGUUCGGCGCCCCCGUAGGGAACGUCUUGCCGACGGACCUAUUGUUCGAAGGCGGUUACACCGUCAAACUCGGGGACGUCCUUGUCAAACCUGAUGGUGGGUGUCAUCAUUGCGCCGGUGUUCAAUGUACGUUCACCAUCCUUGUUGUGCCUGCCGUCAUCCAACGUGGCCAGCUUGGGCUUUCUCCAGUAUCGCUCGUAAGCGCGCGGCAAAACGACUCCGGCCGAGAUCACCAAUAUCCUUCCAUUCACCGCAAAGCCGUCCUUUGA